AGGCCGGGGCGGCGGCGCUGGAAGGGGGCGGGGGUGAGGGCUUGAGUCUGGCUUGGGCGGCGAGGGACGACGGAGGUCGGGAUUUAUUUAUUUUUUGCACUAGUUCCCCGACACCGCCUCUUCCUCCACCAGCUCCCGCCCCACCCCACCCCCCCAGCAGCCCUGCUUAAUCCCUGUAUCAGUCCUGCUCUUUACUGCAUUCCCUCGAUUCGGCCAUGGCCCCUUCCUUUCGGCCCAGCAAGAACCGAUCCAGCCGGGACGACGAGGAUUUCUUCGAGGCCAGAGGAGACCGGAAGGCGAGGAAGCCGCUGGUGGAGAAGAAGCGGCGGGCGCGGAUCAACGAGAGUCUGCAGGAGCUACGGCUGAUCUUGGCGGACACGGAGUUCCAGACGAAGAUGGAGAACGCCGAGGUGCUGGAGCUGACGGUGAAGCGGGUGCAAGGCAUUCUGCAGAACAGGUCGCUGGCUACGGGAAUGGCUGUCCAGUAUUUUUGGGCAGGCUUGACAAAGUCCUUUCGAAAUGAAUGGGAUAGUGACAAACUGCAGCGGGAGGCCAGUGAGCGCUUUGCAGCUGGGUACAUUCAGUGCAUGCAUGAAGUUCAUACAUUCGUCUCCAACUGCCCUGGGAUUGAUUCUACCAUCGCAGCAGAGCUCUUGAAUCAUCUUCUGGAGUCGAUGCCUCUGAACGAAGGCAGUUUCCAGGACUUGCUCAUGGAUGUCUUAUCGGACCCCUCUAUCAGCCAGUGGCCUGGCAGUGAUGGGCUCACCCAACUGCCUGGGGUAUCGCCUGGAGCUUUAAACCUGCCCAGUCCCACUUCACCUCUUCCUUCACCUUCCUCCAGUGAAGAGACUUGCUCUGAUCUGGAAGACAUAGAGGCUGAGCAGAGCCACAUCUCUUUGGAUGGACUGGACAGGUCUAGGACGCAAAACGUGCCUUCCUCCAGCCUUUCCAAAUCUAUGUGGAGACCUUGGUAGUAAAGCAACUGCACAAGAACCAACGAAGAUCUACCUAAUAGGGAGAAUACUUGAGCACUGUGUUCUUCUAGCCAUUGGAAUAUAGAUGGUGAGGAUUUCAGAUGGUGCAUUUGUGUCGUAAUAUUACUGUAUUUCAGGACUGUAUAUGUGGCACUCGUACACUGUCAAAUCCUGACAGGCUAAUAGCUGAAUGUGUUAACGUUUUUAUCUCUGUGUGUGUGUGAAAGAUGGGUUUUGCAAGUCUUGGUUUCUUUCACUAGGGAUAUGGGGGAAAGGGGGGAUGGAAGUGUGCAAGCAGAGCUCUUGUCUUGAUACACAGCAGUGUUUCGCAACUUAUCUUUUUGUUUCCUUUUUUGGCCCUUAUAAGUGGUCCAGAUAUCACUACCUUUUUUCGCUUAGGAAAAAGCCCUGGUGCAUUUGAAAACUUGAUGGUUUAAUCCAACAAAAGGUAUGAAGUUUAGCGUUUUAUGCACAACUUCAAAUGUUCUAGUAAUAGCAUUAAAAAAAAACAAAAAGGAAAAUCCCUGAAAGGGAUUGGUGAGGCUAGUUUCUUGAUGAGUUUAGUGGUCUAGUAUCUCGCCUUCAGUGAAGGAAGAGGAAACUAGAAGCCAGACUGGAAUUAGGUGAGCAUUUAAGAUAUUGGUGGCAGGGUGGCUUUUAGAAAUGUGUCUUAUGCACAUCUUCUAGCACACUUGAAUUUAUUGUGAUAUGUAUAUUAGCUUGUCAAAUGUUUUAUUUUAAUCUUUUUAAAAAAAUAAAAACAAUUAAAUUCACUAAUGAUUGCAUGUAUUUUGGGGUGUGAACUUUGCUCUAGAAACUCAGUUCCAUGUUAGCAAUUAACAAAUAUGUAUCCUUGAGUGCAAACGUUGGUAAUUAAGCACUUAAUUCUUGUACUGAACUUGUCUGUUCAAGUGUGGAGAGUUGGAAUGUUUCAUUUGUUCAGGGUUCUUGGGCUACUGCAGUGGUGAGAGUUUUGAUUUUUGGGACACUAAAUUCCUAGGCUUGAUUAUGUGAACGCCAGACUUGAGAAGUUGCUACUUAGUUUGUCAUUACUGAGGCUUAAAAAACCCCAAAACCUGUAAUUGUUCAGCUUGAUCCUACAUGUGUUCACUUGGAAGCAAGAUCCACUGGAUUUAGUGGAGCUUGCUCUUUAGAGUGCAUAGAAUUGCAGCCUUAAAAUUUAUAGCAGAUGGCUUAGUGAUGGUUUGAACAAUGUGAACACUUUCCUGCUUGAAUGGAAAACAUUGAGUAACAUGCAAUGGGUACAAGAACGGGAAAGAUCUAUGAUCUUCUGCAACCUCAGCUUUCCCCCACACAAAAUAGGUCUUCUUUUUUGAAGAUGUGUCGAUUGUUUGUGCUGUUGCCUUUCCACAGAGCUGUCAUUGUAACAUAGAUAUAUGCUGUAAAGUUACUUAACAUAUGAAAGUGUCCCAGCACAGCAAAAGGGAGGGGUAAUAGUAAGAUAGGGGGGUAGCUAUGUAAACUUCCUUUUUGUUAACCAUGUGGAAUAAUAAAAGUGGAAACUGAA